ACCCUGCCACCCGAAGAACGGUCCGUGUGCGUGCCCGUUUCGCAGGAAAGCCCGUCGACCGAGCUGCAAAGCUGCGCGACUGUCGCAGCGUUAAAUCAGUGUCUCCACCACGGUCCCAGUCGGCGGAGGUUUCUUUUCAUUACUGCUGCUGCUACUGCUACCUAAAGCCUCCUGUUAUAAUACGAGACCAGGCGCCGAACAGAAAGACAGACAGAGUGUGUGCUUUUGAACAGUGUGUUUUUCAGCGGCCUGCGUGCACAACGUUGCCCUGGCAAGAGGACAAUUUGGUUUUAGAAUUUUCGCAAUUUUCGCUGUAAGUGUAGUUACCGGUGAGGAGCUAGCGAACGUAGCCGAGCUAGACGAGCGAGAUUGAGAGUGUGCUAUCCUCGCAAACGAGUGCAGCAUCAGUGCAGCGAAAGUGCGCGUCAACAUGGUGAAGUUGCUGGCCUUAAUUGGCAUCCUCGCGCUAACGGUGGCAACAGCCACGGCCGAAGUGCGAAUCAAGCGACAGGCGGAAGAAACCACCAAGAAGGAAGAGUCAUUCGAGAAAGAGCUUUGCAAAGACAAAGAUGCCGGUGAAUGGUUCCGGCUGGUAGCGGGCGAGGGCGACAACUGCCGUGACGUCAUCCAGUGCACAUCGUCGGGUCUGCAAGCCAUCCGUUGUCCUGCCGGUCUGUACUUCGACAUCGAGAAGCAGACCUGCGACUGGAAGGAUGCGGUCAAGAACUGUAAAUUCAAGAACAAGGAGCGCAAGGUAAAGCCGCUGCUGAUCACGGACGAGCCGCUCUGCCAGGACGGAUUCCUUGCCUGCGGUGACGGUAACUGCAUCGAGCGCGGUCUCUUCUGCAACGGCGAGAAGGACUGCACGGACGGUUCGGACGAGAACUCCUGCGAUAUCGAGAACGAUCCGAACCGUGCGCCACCGUGCGAUGAGUCCGUGUGCCAGCUGCCGGAUUGCUUCUGCUCGGAGGAUGGAACCACCAUCCCCGGCAGCCUGCCGGCCAAGGAUGUGCCGAUGAUGAUCACCAUCACCUUCGACGACGCGAUCAACAACAACAACAUCGACCUGUACAAGGAGAUCUUCAACGGCAAGCGCAAGAACCCGAACGGUUGCGACAUCAAGGCGACGUACUUUGUCUCGCACAAGUACACCAACUACUCGGCCGUGCAGGAGACGCACCGCAAGGGUCACGAAAUUGCGGUCCACUCAAUCACUCACAACGAUGAGGAACGCUUCUGGUCGAACGCCACCGUGGACGACUGGGCGAAGGAGAUGGCCGGUAUGAGAAUCAUCAUCGAGAAGUACGCCAACAUUACGGACAACUCGGUGGUCGGUGUGCGUGCACCGUAUCUGCGCGUCGGAGGCAACAACCAGUUCACCAUGAUGGAGGAGCAGGCGUUCCUGUACGACUCGACCAUUACGGCGCCGCUCUCGAACCCACCGCUGUGGCCGUACACGAUGUACUUCCGCAUGCCGCACCGGUGCCACGGUAAUCUGCAGAGCUGCCCGACCCGCUCGCACGCCGUCUGGGAGAUGGUGAUGAACGAGCUCGAUCGCCGGGAGGAUCCGACCAACGACGAGUAUUUGCCCGGUUGCGCGAUGGUAGACUCCUGCUCGAACAUUCUCACCGGUGACCAGUUCUACAACUUCCUCAACCACAACUUCGACCGGCACUACGACCAGAACCGUGCCCCGCUUGGUCUGUACUUCCACGCCGCCUGGCUCAAGAAUAACCCCGAGUUCCUGGACGCGUUCCUGUACUGGAUCGAUGAGGUGCUGUCCAACCACAAUGAUGUGUACUUCGUCACCAUGACGCAGGUCAUCCAGUGGAUCCAGAACCCGAGAACGACCAACGAGGUCAAGAACUUCGAGCCGUGGAGGGAGAAGUGCGUUGUUGAGGGUCAGCCCGCCUGCUGGGUGCCCCAUUCCUGCAAGCUUACCUCCAAGGAAGUGCCCGGGGAGACGAUCAAUCUGCAGACUUGCGUCCGCUGCCCCAACAACUACCCGUGGGUGAACGAUCCUACCGGUGACGGAUUCUUCUAAGCUGUCACACCUUUUGAAGCAGUAGCGGGUGCUUUUUGAGCAGCUCUUCUCUUUUGACUCGUUUAACGGUUGCGUGCUCCUUGGAGCUCAACGAUCGUGGAAUUUCAAUUUUUAUCGCCCACUACCACAUUUAUCCUGUCCUAUAGCGAUACUUAAACUUUCGGUCUUUCACUUUAUGGCACACUGGAGCACCAGUGGAGCAAAGGACAAAUCAAAUGCAACUACGCACUUCUCAUCUUUCGUGCGUUGCUCCAAUCGAAUCGAAGCACUCCUCCCGGCGGGAGGGAGGCUACUGGGUAGUAGUCAACUAAAGCGACCAUCCAUUCUACCCGGUCCUUCUCCUCAACGUCUAGUCUCGCGCCUCGUAGCCACUUUUGCGGCAGUAUUGCCGUUGGCCAUUCACGAGACUACCACACAUUGCCGCCCCUCCCCGGGAAGGGGAAAAUCGGAGGAGAACUCCCUGCUAUUCCUCUUACAAAUGGAAUACGAAAACACGCAUCAGAAGAGUAGAGGAAGCAAACAACGAAUGCUGUGGAUAUUACAAUUAUGUAUUUUUUGUCGUUUAUAACUUAAUUUAAUACAACACAAAAUGAAGAAAAUUAAAAAAAAACAACAAACAAACAAACCAACACAAAAAAAUACUGCGAAAAAAUAUCCAUUCUACCCGCAACAAACAUAACACAGGCAAACGAACGACGAAACUAUAACAUUGCUAUUGUACAUCCGAGGAGUCCACAGAAAAACGCUGAAAAAACAAUUCCUCCUCCUCCCGCCACGGUAUUCGCCACCCUCUUUUCCCGGAUAGAGAGAAAAGGAGGGAGAUACAAAUUUAACAACAAACUGAUUGAACACAGAGCAACUCUUCAGUAGGGGUCACAAAUUCAACCCCCGUCUUCCUAAAGCGGGAUUUGGACAAUUCCAUUCGUUAUAAACCUUGUCCUGUAUUUUGCUACUCCAACCUCAAGGUACACUUUCCCGCUCCUCCAAACCCCUUGCUCGACUCGAUUAAUAUGUAAAUACUGUGUAGACGCUAGUUGUUUAAGUGAUUUCUGUGCCGUAUAAGCGGUUCUUGUUUGUGUGCGCGGAAUGGAAGAAAGCCCUCUUUCCAAGACCCUUUUGCAGGUUUCAGGUUCAAUGUUGGGGUGGGCGUUUGUCCCCACGCAUUGUUGAACGGCUCCAAAAAUCUCAACAUUUGGCAAAUAGACGCACGCUGCGUAACCGAACACGAAUUACUACAGCUCAUUUGAGCCACAAAAAAACAUUGUCAGAAACUAGUUUGAAUGCAUAUGUUAAAGCUUUCCCCUUUUCACGACCAAAACCCCCCUCUCUCCGCCCCCCCCCCCCCCCACCUACCCAUUCCAUGUAAAAGUCGACUGUUGUUAGCAGAAAAUUGGAAAGAAGACAAAAAUAAAGACUAUUUUAGAGAAAGAAACCCA